AUGAACCCCAACGACAGCGGCACUGCCAAUACUGGCAACGCCCAUCUCAACGUCCCCGGAGACGAAGUUCCUCCUCCGCCAUACUCAGAGACCGAUGUCUACACAGCUGCAGCAACUCCAUCACACAGCUUCGUCGAUGAUGCUGCCUCGUCGACUGCUGACGAGGUCAUUUACACGCCUCCCCUAACUCCUCGCACUUCUCCUGGCUCUGGGCAACCCGCAGCCACGCUAUACUUUGAUCUGAGGCCGGCUCCCCAGCAAGACUCAAGCAGUGACAUUAUCCGCAUGACCCUUGUCCAUACUAUCGAGGUGACUGAUGUCUCGCAACCUGAUGAUUUCCCUUAUGAGAGCGACUGGGCGGCCCGAGAUGUCACUGCGCUGGAUUGGUCCACCUUUAUCAAUUUCCUGAUUCCUGAUCAUACGACAAGGCAGAAUGAAGUUGUCAUUCAUAGAAAGUUACUCGAUGAGAUGCAGAGAUCAGAAGCAGGCAGCACCAACAACAGCACAGCUCAGGUAGAGGCUCAGCUCAACCAAAUCGCCGACGCCCGCAAUCCUACCAGUCCUGAUUCUCAGCGACGCAGGAGAGACGUCGAAGCCACCGUCCAGCAAUGGAACGAUGGCUUCUUCGGUCCUCGAGGCAUUCAAGUUCGUCUCGAGCCCCCGAGAACCCCCUCGGCACAAAUGCCAGGUGCUUGGGAGGCCAACUUUGACCAGGUAUCUGAAGCUGGUCAAUCCAUUCAGUCUUCGCAGACCGCAGGCCGCUCUGCUCCGGCUAGCGGUGGUUCAUGGGGCGGUUUCCAAAUCGAUGACAACGGUGUUCGGUAUGGAAACAGCUUUGUGGCGGAUCAAAAUGGUUUGCGCAUCGGAAAUUUGAUCAUGGACCAGCGCGGCAUUCGUUUCCAGAAUGGCGCUGAGCAAGGUCAACAGCCAGCCGCAGAUGCUGCCCGGGAUGUCCGCGGCCGGACAGCCUAUCAACACGGGGGCGAUGAAGAAGCAUGCCACAAACGCUCUUCCUCGGUCUCCUCCACAUCUUCUUCUUCCUCUUCGAGCUCUGAAUCAUCCAUUGGCUCUCUCCCUAGCUACGAUGAUAUUCCUGUCAACUCUGUGCAGCUUUACAUUGCCCGACUCCAAGAUUGGACCAAGAAUCCCGACCAGCUCCGCACCAAGGGUGACGUCAAGCAGCUCAAGGCCGAGCUCAAGAGCGUCCCCAAGUCUAAGGAUGUGGUUACUGAUGUGGAUAAGAAAGCUCUCAAGGCACAAAUCAAGACAUUGACGACUGUUUGGAGACAAGUCAAGAAGAAUCAGAGAAGGGAACGCAGGGCACAAAGAAAGGAGCGACGUGGUAAGAGGAGGGCAGAGCGGAAGGAGAAGAGGCAACAUAGAAAAGAGAUGAGAAAGGCACGCAAGGAAGCCCGGAAAGGCCAGAGCACUCCUGUCCCCCCCGUGCCUCCGCCUCCGCCUCCCCCCUGUAUCCCACCUAUGCCACCUCAUGUUCCUGGAGCCACGGUGCCGCCUGUUCCUCCCGUUCCUCCGGUGAAUACCGCGCCAUGGACCGGCAGCUUCCCAUGGGGUCGUCCCCAACACGGUAGAGGGGGCAGAGGAGGACGACAUCAUCCUCAUCCUCAUCCCAAUCCCCAUCCUCACCCCCAUCCUCACCAACCACAUUACGGUUUGCCUCGAGGCGGAGGCUGGGGAGCAUGGAAUAAUCCCCAAGCCUCCGGUGAGAAUGGCAUGUUUGGAUCCCGCGGGCCGUUUGGUCCUGAGGGUCCGUUUGGUCCAGGAGGACCGUUUGGUGAGAAGGGCAUCUUCGGAGGCGACGGUCUAUUUGGCCCCAAGGGUUUCUUUGGACCUGGCCAAGAUGAGAAGCAACAGCAGCAACAAAGGGAGCAGCAGCAGCAGCAAGCAGAGCAGCAGAGGCAGCAACAGCAACAACACGCAGAGCAACAAAGACAGCAGCAGCAACAACACGCAGAGCAACAGAGGCAACAUUAUCAACAACAAGCAGAGCAGCAGAGGCAACACGCAGAGCAGCAAAGGCAGCAUUAUCAACAACAAGCAGAACAACAAAGACAACACUAUAAUCAACAAGCAGAACAGCAAAGACAGCAUCUGCAACAACACCAGGACCAGCAGUGGCAACAAUACUAUCAGCAACGGCAGGACAGUGCCUCAUCUGCUAACUCCCUGCCUGGCUCCUGGCCUGACGAGAAAAAACAGCAGCAGCCAACUUCACCCUCGCAAGAUGACGAGCAAAUCCCGCCUCCCGGCCCGAGAGCUUCCGCAAAGUACAACACCAUAGGGGCCCUUGAGAGGACCAUCCAGGCUCAGACUGCUGCGGCGGAGAAGGCCGAGGGUGUUCAGAAGGAGCAGGUGGAGAAGGCGAUCGCGACGAUGAGGAAGCAGUUGGAGGCUUUGAGGGUGCAGGCUGACGAGGAGUAUGCGAAGGAGUUGAGUGGGAAUUGA